UAUAUCGGUUAUUGUGUUUGUUCAUUUUGCCAAGUCGUGUUAUUUUAUCCAAAAAAAAAAAAUUUUUUUUUUAAAUCGAAAAUUCUCAAUUUUUCUAAAUUUUUGAGAAAAAAGAAAAAGAAGAAAAUCUCAUCUUAAACAUGUCAACUUUUAAUGUCAAAAUUAAAUGGAACAAAGAAACAUAUGAUCUGGAACUUGAUACAAAUGAAUCACCAUCAGUAUUUAAGGCACAGAUUUUUGCCUUAACCGGUGUUAGUACUGAUCGACAAAAAGUUAUGUUCAAAGGUAGUGUCAUUAAAGAAGAUGAAUGGAAUUCAACAAUGUUGAAAUCGAUUAAAAAUGGUGCAACAUUUUUAAUGAUGGGAUCUGCUGGUGAAUUACCCACUGAACCACAAGAAAAAGCUGUUUUUGUUGAAGAUAUGACUGAAAAAGAAUUAGCUGAUGCUUUUGAUCAACCAUCGGGUUUGAUAAAUUUAGGCAAUACUUGUUAUCUAAAUGCUACAAUACAAUCAUUAUCAACAGUUCCUGAAUUGAGAGAAAGUUUAAAAAAGUACAAAGGAUCAUUAACCUUGAAUGAAUCUUUUGAUGGUGCUCAUGAUAUUGUUGUAUCAUUACGUGAUGUAUACAAUAAAAUGGAUACAUCAUCAACAGUAAUGCCGGUAUUGUUACUUGAAAUGUUGCAUAUGAUGUUUCCACAAUUUUCGGAGAAAACCGAAAAUGGCCAAUUUGCUCAACAAGAUGCCAAUGAAUGUUGGAGUGAAUUGAUAAAAGUUUUGCAACAAAAACUUAAAAUUGAAACGAUUGAAGGGACAACAAAUUCGAAAAAUUUUAUUACACAAUAUUUCGGUGGAACAUUACAAUCGACAAUGAAAUGUAUUGAAGAUGAAUCGGAAGAACCGGCUAUUUCGAAUGAAAAUUUUUUACAAUUAAGUUGUUUCAUUUCACAAGAUGUUAAAUAUCUUCAAACUGGUCUACGAUUACGAUUGGAAGAAGAAAUUAAUAAAUUUUCAACCAAAUUAAAUCGUGAUGCACAUUAUAUGAAAACAAGUAAAAUUUCACGUUUACCAGCAUAUUUAUCAAUUAAUUUGAUAAGAUUUUUUUAUAAAGAAAAAAAUUCUGUUAAUGCUAAAAUUUUGAAAGAUGUUAAAUUUUCAUUAACAUUAGAUUUGUAUGAAUUAUGUACACCUGAAUUACAGAAACGAUUAGUACCAAUGCGACAAAAAUUUAAAGAUUAUGAAGAUCAACAAUUGGAAAAAAUUCAACAACAAAAAUUAACAAAAAACGAUGAUAAAUUGAAUGUUGAAAAGAAAAAAGAAUAUUAUAAUUAUUCAUUUGAAGAUGAUCCUGGUUCAAAUAAUACUGGUCUAUAUCAAUUGUAUGCUGUACUUACACAUAAAGGCCGUUCAAGUUCAAGUGGACAUUAUGUUGGUUGGAUUAAACAUAAAGAUAAAUGGUUUAAAUGUGAUGAUGAACAAGUUUAUCAGGUAACCGAAGAAGAAAUAUUAAAAUUAUCUGGUGGUGGUGAUUGGCAUUGUGCUUAUGUUUUAUUGUAUGGACCACAAUUGGUAGAAAAAUGUGAAAAUUUACCAUCGACUAUUGGCCAAUAAUCCAAAAACCAAAAACAAAACAAAUUUUUUUGUUUCCUAAAUUAUCAAUGCUAAAAGAUGAUUUUAAGAAAAUUGAAAA